AUGUCUAUGUUCCCAGGCAUGCAGUCGCCCGUUGGGCAAGGCCAGAACGGUGGUCUCAGUGACCAGGAGCAGGGCAUGGUUAAGAUGAUUCAAGCCGGCAUGGAAUCAUGUGUCGUAAAAUCUAUCAUGGCUGGCGGCGCUGGCUUCGCCCUUGGUGGUGCUUUCGGUCUUUUCAUGUCGUCGAUGGCCUAUGAUACACCUUUAUCACCACAGGGUCAGGAAAUGGCAAAGCUAUCGGUUAAGGAUCAGCUAAGACGAGGCCUGAAAGAUAUGGGAUCGAAGUCAUACUCGUCAGCUAAGAACUUCAUGAUCAUUGGUGCCGCUUUCAGUGGGACGGAAUGCGCUGUGGAAAGUUUACGGGCGAAGAACGACCUCACAAACAGCGUAAUCGCCGGAUGCAUAACAGGUGGUGCACUGGCGUACAAAGCUGGACCUCAAGCCGCUCUACUUGGCUGUGGCGGCUUCGCGGCCUUCUCGACAGCCAUCGACGCCUACAUGCGCAUGCCAUCGGACGAAUGA